GUUUGGGCCUCCUGUGUCUUAUAUUGUUGACCUUCGAUAUUGACACUAGACAUUACUAAUAUUCGUUGGCUUGAUCGUCUCAAUUUGCAGUCAAACACAUUACGUGCAUUUCUAAUAUCUAUGCCAUCUUCGUGCAAAAUUAUCGGUGUAGCUGAACCCGGGAAAAUGGCUGUAUUCGCAGUACGAUAUAUCUUACAAUGAUCACUGAACUAAAUGAAAGAAUACUUCCUUAAGGUUAACUAAGUGUUCCACAAGUCUAAAAGAUGAAACAAGAUAGUGGAUGGGGAUGGCUUAUUUGUUUUGGUGGUUUUAUCAAUACUUUUCUAGCUGCUGCUUUUUAUAWCUGUGGCGGUGUUGUGUUAUCGGCGCUUGUGGACACCUACCACAUCUCAAGAAGCGAAGCAGCGUCAAUAACUACACUUCCUGCAUCCUGCGUCUACCUAUUUGCACCACUGAGCACCUUCAUCUGUAACCAGUACGGCGCGCACACAGCUAUCUUCCUUGGAGCUGUCAUAUCUGCUUUAGGAGCGAUUACAUCAUCCUUUGCCACAAAUGUCACACCACUAUACUUUUCCUACGGUGUUUGCGGAGGAAUUGGAAGUAGCUUGCUUACCUUUCCAAAUUUAAUUAUGGUAUCCAAAUACUUCAAAAGGAAGAUUUCAAUAGCAAAUGGCCUAACAUUAUCCGGGUCUUCAGUGGGUACAUUCAUCUUAUCGCCCGUGAUUCAACAGCUCUUUAGUGAACUGGGACUGAAUAAUGGCUUUCGAGUUAUGGCUUCCUUUUAUCUUAUUAUAUUCAUACCAAUCCUGCUUUUUCGCCAUUUUAACACACACGAAGAAGGUGUGGAGGUGGAGAAACCAAAAUGGCUUAGUACUCAUGUGUUUAGGAAUUGUAACUACAUCGUCUUUUUGUCCGCUAUGUUUCUUUAUCAGCUUGAACACAUGGUUCCUUACAUUCAUUUGGUUCGAUUUGCUGAAGAUACUGGAUCAAGUAAAGUCACAGCAUCACUUCUAAUUAGUAUUAUCGCGGGAUCUUCGCUUGUUGGUCGACUAUUUUGUGGCUGCAUAGCUGACCUUGGCUUCUGUAGCCGACUUCAUAUUCUCCAAAUUGCACUACUUUUCACCGCAGUGGCCACGGUAUUAGUGACACUAGCACAAUCAUUUGCUGGUAUAGCGUUAUACGCAGCAGUGUUUGGAUUCAACGAAGGCAUAUACGUACUGCUGUUUAUGGUCAUUAUACGAGAUAUCGUUGGUAUACAGUAUAUUGCCUUCUCCGUUGGCGUAGCUUAUGGAAUCUUGGGAAUUCCUAAGACCCUUGGUCCUCUUUUAGCAGGAUUUGUUUUCGACUUAACUAGGAGUUAUGCACUCGCUUUUACCUGUGCAAGUGUAUUUGUGUUUUUUUCUUCAAUACUUUUAUCCUUUAUAAACAUUACUAGAUCUUCACAGUUAACUUGCAUUACGAAUUCUAAGACAUUACGAUGCGACGAGGAGAUAGUAACUUGCAAAGAGACAACAGUCUGAUACGUUAAUUUCCAGGAGUGGAUCAAGGACUUUCUUCAGUCGUGUAGUUCCCCCGGGUAGUGGAUUCUCGCUGCAUAAAAUUGUCAUAGCGGAGACACAAAUAGGGUAGUAGUCAAGGGUUUAGCGCAUCAGGUGAGGUGCCCAGCCCUGCACCACUACUAAUUUUAUAUAAAAAAAAAAUAUAGUAGAGAACGCUUAUGUCAUAACAACAACCAAAUGACCGUGUUAUGAUUGAAGGAUACAUUUUUAAGCACUUUACAAGCCUUUAUACAAAUUUUUUGAUCCUGGAUAUUUUCUCGACAGGGCCUGUCCACGCACGUGACAGAGAAUGACCUGAUUAGAGUAUCAUUAAAGUACCUUAUUGUUGGUUUA